CCUGCACUAAAAGACUAAGUAAUCCAAAUUAGGAAGCUCCUUCCCAGCGGAUGCGUCGCCCUAUUUCGAAUGCCAGUACAACGCCUGUCCAGUGCCCCAGCGUCCAAGACCCGAGUGCGAGUGGGCUUGCCAAACGACCAGAACAGAGGCGAUGGCCAAGUCGUUCGCCCAAUAUGCAUCUGAAUUCUUAAUGCAACAGCAUCCAGAGUCAAGUCUAUCUUCUUCCCAGCCACUUUUCUUCUCGUUCACCACCGACGAUGAAGGAUCUCGGAAUGGGAACGACGACGACCAUGACGUCGCCGACCUUGAUGAUCCACAUCUGCGAGACAGCCGAGCGAGUAGGGUAUCACGCAGAGGCAUUGGUAGUAGCAGUGGUGGUGGUCGGUCGGGCACGGGGAAAGUGCGCUCUGACAUGGACGGAGAGGAGGAUCCAUAUCUACGUCUGGACCAGGACGAGGACGGAGAUGAAAUGCCCCCAGGCGCAUCUCGCCAUGCCGCCCAGUCUUCCCGUCUGAUGGCAUCUAAUUACGGUCAAGCAGAGUCCCAGGACUUUCCAAAGGGAUGGCUUGCUCACCAGGCAUCACCACCUAGACGAGCUCCCCGGUCGCCAUCGCCAUCUCCAUCGCCAUCUUCACGUUCCUCUCUUGACUCUCCAGGAUCUUUAGCCAUGCUAGGACAGCCAUCAAUGCCCCGUCAUAAACGGCUACAGACCCCGCCCCCUCCGCCGCCACGACAGAGUCGAGAACCUCUCUCCUUAUCGCUCACCCAGUCACUACUACCGAGGGACGGAGCUACCCGACCUCUUGACGUAUUCUCCCUACCCGACCCAAAGCGGUCACUCCCUCGUCGCAAAUUCAACGACUCGACGUGGACAAUCGUAUGGUGUACUGGGGUUUCGAUAUGUCUCUUCUUCUCCGUGCUUUUACUCUUCCUCGGCCGGAAACCCGGAAAAUCAAGAGGGCCCGUACCUUAUAUCACGUUACUGCACACAGUCCCGCUGCUCACGAUCCUCACAUUCCUCAGCGCUGCCGUUGCAUAUCUGCAUAUUUUUCUGUUGAGGAUUUUUGUUAGACCUGUCAUGGUGGCAACAUCCGUAUUUAUACCUGCCACGCUUUUCAUCUCCGCAAUAUGGGCUUUCGCAGGCAGUUUCAUGUGGGAUGGCGAUCAGGAACCAACAUGGGGAGAAACGGUUGGUUUGCGGAUAUUCUCGCUCAUUCCUCUCGCGCUGUCGUUCCUUACCGCACGCCGACUGGUCGAUCUUCCGAGGGAAAUUCAUUCUACGUCAUCUAUACUAGAUCUCGCCUCUCAACUCUUAAUUGCUAAUCCGUUCCUUCUUGCUCUCUCCCCUGCAAUUCUUCUCCUGACAUUGUUCGCAUCAAUCCCUUUCCUCACUCUGAUCUUCCGUCUCGUUCUGAUUGGCUAUAUCGAAGAUUCGAGUGGUGGAACUGUCGAAGGGCAUCUACGCGAAUGGGCGGACUGGGCUAUCGUAGGCGCAGUUUGCGUAUGGCUUUGGAGCUGGGGCGUCGCACGAGGGAUCUUGCGUACUACCUCUGCAGGCGUCAUUGGCGCGUGGUACUAUGCUGACCCAGAACAGCCUCCGCCACUGUCCACUGACACACACAUUAUCCACGCCGCGCUUUUUCGGGCUACCUAUCCCUCUUUGGGUUCGAUCGUUUUGGGUGCACUAAUACUUGCUGGUAUUCGGAUCUUGAGUCUUCUGACGCUCGCAUUACGGCUCCUACCUUCUUACUUCCCGAUCGUACUUCGACCGUGGUUGCAGCCUAUCAGCGUUGGUGCGGGUAUGGCCGUGGCUUACCUAGAAAGUGUCACUUCUUCACUGAGUCGAUACGCGCUUAUCUACGCGGGCCUCACUGGCGAUCCAUUCUUUCCGAGCGCCAGACGAGCUCGUGCUCUGACGAUUGCGGUAGAGACAUCCAACGCGGGACGGUACCGGCGAAAGUUCAAGACCGAACCCCAGCUCACGAUGCUAACCUACGCACCGUUGACGAUGACCUUCCCAUUCGCGCUCCUGACGUACCUGUUCGUCGCACACACACUUAACGCGCCCGAUUCGGCCUUGGGAUCUGCGAUGUUGGCAGGCGGCGUUACUGCACUAGUAGGGUUGUAUUGUGUGGGUCUCAUCAAGGAUACUGCGGACGUGUUAUACAUGUGUUAUUGUAUCGACAAGGACAUUGGACUGAGACGGAGAGAAGAUGUGUUCGCUGCUUUCGAAUACGACCUUCAGCCGCGGGCCCAGCAGCAGCGCGUUGUCCAGCCGCCCGUCGCCACACCGCGUGUAUCCACGCCAUCUUCUCACAUCGGGCCUGUCGGUGCGGUGCGUGCGCCGCAUGCGACGCUUGUCACGACUAUUACACCACCAGCGCCAAUAACCGAACAAGUACGGCCGCCAUCAUCUCCACCCACGCGAUACAAAUCUCCACCCCGUCAACCGCCACUCUCGCGCGCUGUUCUGCUAGAUGUACCGCCGGAACCGAUACGUCCGUUGCCACCAGCGACGCCCGAAACUGACGUCAAUCCUUUUGAGCACGAACCGUUAGACUUUGAGGAUAAUGGGCGGAGAAGUGAUGUGAUGCCGUAUUCCUUGUCGCUGGAUGCGGAAGCGGAAGAUGUGAGUUCGGUUGAUGAUGAAUUUGAGGGUCGUGGGCACGAGUCUUCGCAGUUGUUGCCGGGAUCGGGUAUUUUCUAGGUGCGGGCGGCACGAGGCGCCCACGUAGUAUGUAUGAGCGUUACUGUCAGAUUUAGUACAUAUUAUUUUCUUGACAAUGUAUCUAUGUUACUGCAUAGUUAUUGCCUUGUGU